GUCUCACAAAGAAGCGCACUGACGCUUUUGGUUUCGGAGUCGUUUAUUGACUGUCAUUUAUAUCUUAGCUGUCAGAAUAAUUUAUUUCUGAGUUUAUAUUGCCAAUUUAUUGAAUUAAAUGCAAUGAAGAGAUCUUUAUACAAGCGUUCGAGAAUGAUUUUCGAUGUUAAUCGCAUUCCUCCUAGAAGAGUGAGAGAAGAAAUAUUUGCAGAACUUUAUAUGAUAACUUAUGGUACAAUACCAAAUUCUGCAUCUCUUGAUGAAGUGGUCCUCCCUAAACCUGGAGCUGCAAUGAAACCUACUAAAAGGUCCUUAGAACCUUGUGCAACAAGUACUGGAGUUUCAGAACCAGUACAGAAGGCAUUAUGUGAUCCAAUUAUUGAAACUUCUGCAGAAACUUGCAAAACAGUUGAUAAGUCAAAGGCCAUUCCAGAGUCAACCACAGCAAAGAAAGGAAAGGCUAGGGAGAAUAGCCGAAAUUGGUAUCCAUUCAAAGAGAAUUACACUUCAUCGGCAAUGAAACCUACUAAAAGAUCCUUAGAAUCUUGUGCAACAAGUACUGAAGUUCCAGAAACAGUACAAAAGGGGUUACGUGUUUAUUAUAUUGAAACUUCUGCAGAAACUUGCAGUACAGUUGAUAAGUCAAAAGCCAUUCCAGAGUCAACCACAGCAAAGAAAGGGAUGGCUAGAGAGAAUAGCCGACAUUGCUAUCCAUUUAAAGCGAAUUAUACUUCAUUGGGAAUGAAACCUACUAAAAGGUCCUUAGAAUCUUGUGCAACAAGUACUGAAGUUUCAGAACCAGUACAAAAGGCAUUAUGUGUUUCACAUAUUGAAACUUCUGCAGAAACUUGCGGUACAGUUGAUAAGUCAAAAGCCAUUCCAGAGUCAACCACAGCAAAGAAAGGGAUGGCUAGAGAGAAUAGCCGACAUUGCUAUCCAUCUAAAGCGAAUUAUACUUCAUUGGCAAUGAAACCUACUAAAAGGUCCUCAGAAUCUUGUGCAACAAGUACUGAAGUUCCAGAAACAGUACAAAAGGGGUUACGUGUUUAUUAUAUUGAAACUUCUGCAGAAACUUGCGGUACAGUUGAUAAGUCAAAAGCCAUUCCAGAGUCAACCACAGCAAAGAAAGGGAUGGCUAGAGAGAAUAGCCGACAUUGCUAUCCAUCUAAAGCGAAUUAUACUUCAUUGGCAAUGAAACCUACUAAAAGGUUCUCAGAAUCUUGUGCAACAAGUACUGAAGUUUCAGAACCAGUACAAAAGGCAGUAUGUGUUCCACUUAUUGAAACUUCUGUAGAAACUUGCGGUACAGUUGAUAAGCCAAAAGCUGUUCCAAAGUCAACCACAGCAAAGAAAGGGAAUGCUAGCCGACAGUGGUAUCCAUCCACAGCGAAUUACACUUCUUCGGAAAUGGCAGACUUCCUCUUUGCCCAAUAUCUUGUGAAAUCAGAUCUUCACUUGAGAAGUAGCUGUAAAGAAAAUUCUCGAUACUCUGAUAAGACAUGCGAUAAGACAUGUAAAAAUUCAACUAUCAAGAGCAAAGAUACAUGUGCAGGGAGUACGGAUCAAAAUUCCACCCCAUCGGCUGAAAUACCUAGUGAAGUUGGCGAAAAGAAGGAUGAGAAAAAAAUAAAAAAACCUAAGCAAAUGCCUGCAAACAUUAAGAAAGAGAAGGAAGAAGAGGAAGAUCCAUUCUCAGGAAGUUGUGCUGACAAAAUUUACAUUUUGUCCCCUGAAUUGACCGGUGUAAUCGGUCAGAAAGAGGCGUCUCCUGAUACAGUUCUUAAAGCAAUGGAUUUUCUUAUGCUGGAAGGAAGUCUCCAGGCUGAACCUGGAAAAGAAUAUAUGAAAUGUGAUGAUGAACUGUCAGAAAAACUAUUUGGAGGUAAACGUCGCUUUCGAGUCGAUGAUAUGAAGAAGUAUUUGCGCAAGCAUUUUAUCAAGAUGAUUUGAGCAGAUCGGAUGGAUGGAUCUGAAAAUGAGAUUUCAGAUGAUUUUUUUUUUCAUGUGAUGAUAUUUAGUUUCUGUCUUUCAUGUUAUUAAACCAAAUAAUUGUGGCAUUACUUCAUUGUAAUCAAGUUGUUUUUGCUGCUUUAAAACGUGUAUCCAUUUGCAUACUAUUUGUUAUUUGAAGAAAUAACUUGUUACCAAAUUUAAAAACCUGUAGUUGUGUCCCGAUCUUGUCUUUUACAUAUUAUGAACUCAGGUUCAUAAGAAUAUGUACCCUUCUUGGUAGAAUAUUGAUUCGGAUGUUUCUGAUAACAGUUUUCAUCUCAAUUAUACUGUAAUGUUGUAUUGUGCCAUAUACGUGAUUUUAUUGCUUGUGAAAUAUUAAUUUUCUUGAAAAGCAAGGGGUCACUAAUUUUAUCAUUUCAGACUCUCUGUUUCUGUUUUACAUUUUAUUUCUUAGCGAAAUAAAAUUGUUUGAUCUGUUUUUGUAGCAACAAAGCAUUUUAAAUUAAACCUGUUCGCUUUUGAUUUUAAGCUUCCAUAACCCUGAAAUUGUGUAAUUGUUAACCUUAGUUAAAAUAAAAUGUUCAUUUUCUUGAUUUGAGGAGAUCAGAUGGAUGGAUCUGAAAAUGAGAUUUCAGAUGAUUUUUUUUUUUUUUCAUGUGAUGAUAUUUAGUUUCUGUCUUUCUUGUUAUUAAACCAAAUAAUUGUGGCAUUACUUCAUUGUAAUCAAGUUGUUUUUGCUGCUUUAAAACGUGUAUCCAUUUGCAUACUAUUUGUUAUUUGAAGAAAUAACUUGUUACCAUAUUUAAAAACCUGUAGUUGUGUCCCGAUCUUGUCUUUUACAUAUUAUGAACUCAGGUUCAUAAGAAUAUGUACCCUUCUUGGUAGAAUAUUGAUUCGGAUGUUUCUGAUAACAGUUUUCAUCUCAAUUAUACUGUAAUGUUGUAUUGUGCCAUAUUCGUGAUUUUAUUGCUUGUGAAAUAUUAAUUUUCUUGAAAUGCAAGGGGUCACUGAUUUUAUCAUUUCAGACUCUUCUGUUUCUGUUUUACAUUUUAUUUCUUAGCGAAAUAAAAUUGUUUGAUCUGUUUUUGUAGCAACAAAGCAUUUUAAAUUAAACCUGUUCGCUUUUGAUUUUAAGCUUCCAUAACCCUGAAAUUGUGUAAUUGUUAACCUUAGUUAAAAUAAAAUGUUCAUUUUCUUGAUUUGAGAAGAUCGGAUGAAUGGAUCUGGAAAUGAGAUUUCAGAUGAUUUUUUUUUUUUUUCAUGUGAUGAUAUUUAGUUUCUGUCUUUCAUGUUAUUAAACCAAAUAAUUGUGGCAUUACUUCAUUGUAAUCAAGUUGUUUUUACUGCUUUAAAACGUGUAUCCAUUUGCAUACUAUUUGUUAUUUGAAGAAAUAACUUGUUACCAUAUUUAAAAACCUGUAGUUGUGUCCCGAUCUUGUCUUUUACAUAUUAUGAACUCAGGUUCAUAAGAAUAUGUACCCUUCUUGGUAGAAUAUUGAUUCGGAUGUUUCUGAUAACAGUUUUCAUCUCAAUUAUACUGUAAUGUUGUAUUGUGCCAUAUACGUGAUUUUAUUGCUUGUGAAAUAUUAAUUUUCUUGAAAUGCAAGGGGUCACUGAUUUUAUCAUUUCAGACUCUUCUGUUUCUGUUUUUAUUUCUUAGCGAAAUAAAAUUGUUUGAUCUGUUUUUGUAGCAACAAAGCAUUUUAAAUUAAACCUGUUCGCUUUUGAUUUUAAGCUUCCAUAACCCUGAAAUUGUGUAAUUGUUAACCUUAGUUAAAAUAAAAUGUUCAUUUUCUUGUUUCUUCUAUAUUCAUUUUCUUAUAAAAAUUUUGAUUUAAUAUAUCCAGAUAUUUCAUUUAUUUUAUGGAACUUUUUGUUUGUCAUGAAUGCCUAUGAGUAAAUUUUUAAAUACAUUUGAAAUAUACUGGCGUCUUUUUUUGUAAAUAUUUUUAAUUAACUUUUGAUACAUAUAUUUAUGAAUAGAUUUUGAAUUUUAUUAAUUUUUCUAAUUAAUCUUGCAUUUGGUAAAUGUCCAUUCUUUAUUUUGAAGCAAAAAGAAACAUUUCACUUCAAGCCUAUGAGUAAAUUUUAAAUACAUUUGAAAUAUAUUUCAAGAAACUGAAGUUAUAUAAGAAUUCUAUGAUAUAUAUAUGUGUGUGUGUAUGUGUAAAAUGUGCUCAUUGUGUAAAAUAUUUCAUUAAUUCAGAUUUUAUUUUGGCUACUUAUGUUUUUGUUAAUGUUAUUGAUUCUUAAAUUUGAAAUUGUUUACUUGUUUGUUCUGAUAUUCUUGCAUUUAUGUUCAAAUUUUGCAUUAAAAACUCAAAUAAUUUGCAACUUUUAGGAAAUCAGUUUGAGCUAAUAGAUUGUGUGCUUUUAAUUUUAAAUAAGAUUGGAUUUUUAUGGCUUUUUAGCUUCCUAUCUUCUCAUAAAGGUUUCAUUUCAUAAAAGCAUCUUAUAAUGUGUCUAAGUUUAUAGUUUUAUUCUUUCAUUGUUCCUAUUUGUGCAUUGUGUUGUAAAACUUCGCUGGUUAUUAAAGUCUUUGUAUGUGAAA